AACUAAAAAAUGACGACAUUUCUCUAUCCCUCAUGUUUUAAGGAGUUUAGAAGAAACUAUGGAAACUUAGUACUGUGCGUUAUCCCCUCCAGUUGGAAUACAUCGAGCGCUAACUGCUAACUAUAUAAAACAAACUAUAGAAUCCGAUCGAUAAGACUUUUCGCACCCGUGAAUUAGUAUUAUCACCUGUUUUGCGAGCCUUGUUGAGCUGGUCCUGUGCUUGGUUGAUCUGUCAGUAAUGAUCCAUCUUGCGCUUGCUUAUACGCUUGCUUCUACGCUUGCUUGUAGGCUCGCAAGUCUGCUUAGGUCGUUGGACCUUGAAUGUCUAUCCUUACUCAUGGGGUUAAUGCUUACUAUACAGAUCUCUUGUAUCCAUGGAGGAUCAAUCAUUUUUUGUUCGGGUGUCUCACCCACCAAUAUCUUUAUUCCUCAAAAGAAGCCCAGGUUUUACUCGUGUGCUUUGGUGUGAACCACCCAUAUUUCGUGGUUCAUACCAUAGAUUUUCUUUUACUUGCUGCCUUUGCGGCCUGGGACAGUAUUUGGACAAACAACCUUGAUAAGGAAACCCCACCGCCAUCAUGGGCGGAACGCCCGUGGAGCACGACUUUGGCAUUAUUUUUCCACUACCAAGGGGCAGAGUUCAUGGUUUGCGAAAAGUUAUGACUUUUCGGAAACCGUUUUUUCCUCUCCGUUAAGCCCUAACGGGAAAUCCGUCGAUUCUCGAAAAAUGUUUGUUUUGACGUUAACUUCAGCGGAACUGUAAAUUAAACCCUUCGUCACCUCACGAAGGCACUGGUUUCGUUGUCGUCAAACUCAAAAAGAUGACUUCUCAUCAGUAUUCUACGUGCUGUAAACCAGAGUCACUCAUUGAACUUUGACGUUGAGCAUGUUUAACCUUUGGAGCAGGGUAUAAAGAGGGUGCUGGCCUCCCAUUCCCUCCGUUCUGCAAGCAACUUCCUCUGCUGCAGUAAGUGUUUUCAGCUGUACGUACCUAUAUGAGCGCAGUCAGAAAGCGACAUACAAUAUACACAACCACCUUGUUCAAUAUACCUUCACAUAUCGUUUCUUCUUUAUAGCAUUUAAAUCCGGAAAAAGCCCCUGAGCGUACCUACUACCCGCGGCCACGCAUACAAACCAUCGCCACUCGCCCUCCAAGAAUGGCAGUCGUCCAAGAAAACAAGGCUCAGGCCUGGCAAGAGCAACGUUGUGUCGAUAAACGGAGCAAGGUGCAAUCUGCCGUGUCCAGGCAAGACGAGAACAGACUCCUGAGCAUACCGCCAGAGCUCCUUCUGAAAAUUACGAGCAACCUCGGCCCGGCGGACAAAGCCUCACUUGCUCUUACUUGUAAAGGCGCGUACCAAUUCUCCAACCUAAAUGAUUUUGGGCCUAUGGAUAUGCCUCCAAUAUCCGAAAUCUGGGGCCGGGGAUGCCACGAGCCAUUCCCGAUGGAAUACGAACGGUUCAAAUUCCUUCAGGGCUUGCAGGGAGAUUCGCGCAAGGACAUUGCCUGUAUCUGGUGCCUCAAACUGCACCCAAAGAAUCAAAACUGCACUCUUGGAUGUGCUCCCAGCUUUUCCUCGGAAAGGCGGAUCAAAUUAGACGAAACCACCUGCGAAUGGCGGCUCACGCUCGGCGGCAGGAGCACCGGCAUCUACAUAUCCAACUUCGAGAACGUCGACGAAGAGUCAAAAGAAUUUAUCGCCAAUAAUACUGGCACGGUUGAAGAACGCUUAGACGGACGUUAUAUUUUUACUAUUCUACAGCCUUACAGGGAAGUGGAACUUCCUAAAGGAUACGAAACAUCAGGAGAGAAAUUCAUUACCAUCCGCGUCGACUACGACAAAGUCUUCGACCGCGACGCUUUCUUUGGUCCCCAGCUCAAAAACGCCUCCGUCAAAGUAUGCAACCACAUGAACUUUCCCGAAACCCCUGAACUCUGGGAUAUGGUCUACUGCAAAGUCAUGAACCAUCCGGAAAAGCUUUCCUGCCACAAAUGCGCCAACGCUCCACACCACUGCGACAAGUGCGACGCCAUCUUCAGCUUUAAUGUGCAGCCACUAGACACACUUGGGGAACUGUCUGAACGCUACGUCAUUCUCCGGGGACGCGUUCUCCGCCGAAUCAGCACGAAGCUAAGGCAGCGUGCGAAAAUCAGAGCUAUCGAUUCCUCAAUGCCUGACGAAACGACCGGGCCAUUUGCGCUGGACUCUACGUGGGGCACGAUGCAACACAAAGUAGCUAUACGAGGUGAUUUUGGAUGGAGGCCUGGUGACUCUCUCGAUGAUCAAGAGCCAAUGUGUUACAUUCCCCCCUACCAGAAAAAUGGAAAAGACUCUCUCGAUUGAAAUAUUCAAAAUUCGAAAAAAAAAGGGGGUUGAAGGUGUCUGGAUUAUACAUGAUCAUUUUUGGAUAGGAGUUGGGGCCGGCCUCCGAUUGGGAAGACAUUUAUUUUUGGAUACAAAACCGGUUUAUGGGAACUAUAUUUGCUAUACGGAGUUGACUAGAUUGGGUUAUAUACAUUCGCCGCACAGAUCUCGAGAGAGAGUUUUUCAUCUUAUAUGCUGCGGUCAAUUGUUGGAUAAUUCUCUUUUGUUCUUGCGACUGCGAAGGAUUGUUGAAGAUUUUUUUUUUUCGCAACGCGCCAAACGUUCUCAGAUCGUUUCGAAGUUGGAUUCUGGAUUCUGGCAGGAUGCUCUGGACACUUGUUGUUUGUUUUGUACUGUACAUGUGCUUCAGUAAAUUCCGUUGCAGUUUGUUAGCUUUUAUUGUUUGUCUCCCACAGUUUCAAGUUUCGUUCUGUUCUGCCUCCCACAAUUUCAAGCUCCGUUCUGUUCAGCUACAUGCAAUGUUCCUGCAUUUAGGUUUACCUGCAGAUGUAAUGUUAAUGAAGCAUUUCCUUAUGAACUCCAUUGUCCAUGUCUCCUGGUAAUGUUGAAUCGUAGAUAUCUCACAUUCACUCGUAGUGUUUGCGCAUCAAAUACGGUGCGACCCCAAGGAUUUAGAAGGAUGAAUGUCACGAAUAUGAAGGCCCCCCUACGUAGAGGCGGAUUCAAAUAUACACAGCAGAAAGUAAUAAAA